CCCUUAACAGAUAACGAGGAAGAGCGGACUGUCGAACCCCAUCGUUUAUAUUUUGGAUUAAGUUAUUUGUUAAAUUUAGCGCUUACGCUAGCGACGGCGCCCAAAAUGACAACGCCCACGCGUGAAUUACUUGAGAAGGCUCUAAAAAGCGAUGUUAAACUGCAAGCAGCGGCUAAACAAAUUGCAAAUGACCUAAGCGGCCGCAUCUAUAACAUUUCGGAUCUGGCCGAACAGCUGGGCUUUGCUUUAACAUCAAAGGACACUGAAGAACGCGUGGCGGGCACAAGUUUAUUAUCUGCAGUGCUGAAUGCUCUGCCCACCGAUCUCUUGAACUCAAAACAGUUGGAAUUCCUGACCACAUUCUACACUGAUCGUCUACGCGAUCAUCACAAUGUCAUGCCCGCCAUUAUUGAGGGCAUGAAUGCCCUGGUGCGGAUGAAGGAUCUGCCAGCUGCAAAUGUGACUCUUCUGCUUCAAGCGUUCUUCCAGUACACAACAUGUCAGUCUCAGACGCGUGGCGAUCGCACCAAGAUCUUUAACAUCUUAAAAUAUAUUACGCUGCAUUUCCAGCCAGAGCUUGUCAAAAUGUCUGGCGACUUUUUGUAUGGUCUGAUUAACUCGAUUGAUGGCGAGCGUGAUCCGCGCAAUUUGGAUAUUAUAUUUAGUUUUAUGCCGGAAUUUAUAUCGCAGUAUCCGCUGUUGCAUUUAGCCGAGGAGAUGUUUGAGAUCUUUGCCUGCUACUUUCCCAUCGAUUUCAAUCCCAGCAAACAGGAUCCGGAGGCCAUAACACGCGAUGCUCUAGCUGAAAAGUUGACCAAUUGUCUGGUGGCCAGCGAACAGUUUGCCGAGUGGACAGUGGCUCUGGCCGUGGAGAAGUUGGACAGUGAGCUCUUGGUGGCCAAGCUGGAUUCCAUAGAGUUACUGCAUCAAGCGGCGCUUAAGUUUUCACCGUCAGCACUGGAGCCGCAUUUCGAUCAAAUCUGGCAGGCAUUAAAAGCAGAAACAUUUCCGGGCUCGGACAAUGCCGAUGUGCUUAGAAACGCACUGAAGGCACUGGCCGAACUGCUGAAAAGUGCCUCCAAGGUGCCAAGCAUCAGUCACAAUUACCAGAGCAUUGUGCUGGGCGUGGUGCUCACACAUUUAACCGAUGUCCAUCAACGGCUGUUCCAUCCAGCUACAGCAAUAGCAUUGAUGUGCGUCUCCGGCGAUGCUUCCUUUGCCGGCGACAAGAUACUCAACACCUUUCAGCUCAAGCUGCAGGAAUCCGAGCUGAACUUGGACGCCGAUGAGCAGCGCAUACGAUUCUAUCACAUCAUCUCCCAGGUGUACAAGCUGGCGGCCUUGCGCGAUUCAUUGCUGCAACUGGACAAAGGCAUUGUGGUGCCACUGCAGGACGAUGUGAUUGCCGCACUCCGACUGUGCGAGCGUGAGGAUUUCGAUGUUAAGAAACAAGAUCUGGAACUGCAACGCUCCGCAUUGUCAGUGCUCUCCGAGUGCGCACCUGUGCUGAGCGAGACACAACGGGCACUGGUCUACAAGGCGCUGGUUCAGCUGAUAAGUCAUCCGGAUAUUGAUCUUAAUUUCAAGCCACUCACUGUCAGUCUGGGGGCACUGCAGCCGGUGGAGUUGCAGGUCAACUUUAUUGAUAUUUGCAUGCGAAACUUUGAAAUCUUCUCGGAGUUCAUUAAGCGCAAGAUUUAUGCAAAUCUUCUCCCACUUAUGCCGCAAAUGGCAUUCACACAACGAAUUCUCGAGCUGGUGAUGAAGCAAGUGUUUAGUGCCACAUCUGCAGAGCCAGUGCGUCUGCUUGCCUUGGAAGCACUGAACUCGCUGCUCAAUCAGGAGGAUCAACACUUCAUAGUGGAUCUGCAACAGCAAUCAAACCUGCUGCACAAACUUAUCGAGCUGGCACAGCAGACGUCACAGUUGCCAGAGGCAUCGUUGGAGUUGAUUGCCGCUGCUCUCAGUCGCAUCAUGCAACAGCUGCCACUCUCGGAGCAGAGUGCCAUUGUCAGCGAGUAUCUGCCGGGAUUGCAGCUGCAGCUGGAGGCGCAUCUGUAUGUGGCCAAGGGUCUGUUGGGCUAUUUGCAUAAGGACAUCUCAAUGGAUGAUCACUUUGAACGUCUCCUUGACGAUCUGACGAAAUUAUCUCUGAGUUCGGAUAAUGAGGAACUGCGUGGCAUUGCACACCACUUGCUCUGUAGCCUGGUCAACAAAAUGGACAACAACCAAUCGAAUCGCGACCAAGUUAAGCGCAUUACAGAUAAACUAAAGGCAAUUCUUAAAGCCGGCGAUAAGCGCGCUGUGGAUUUAAUGGCCUGGAUAGCCAAGGGUCUAGUGGUUGCCGGCUUUGAGGAGGCAGCCGACAUUGUUGGCGAUCUGUCUGAACUGCUGGAGCAUCCCACGCUCUGCACCGCCGCCGCCUUGGCCUUUGACAUCGUUGCUGCGGAGUAUCCGGAACUGGAUUUACCCGUGGUCAAAUACUUGUACAAGCAGAAAUUCUUUCACACAAUUAUGAACAAACUGGGCUCCAAGCUGGGCAGCUACUGUGAGCAUCAUAUGAAGGCAUUUAUUUAUGUGUUGAAGGCCACGCCCCAUUCGGUGAUAAGGCUGAACAUUAAGCAACUAGCACCGCUGCUCUUUAAAACGCUGGACGCGCACAAGGAUGCACACUCGCUGUGCAUUGUCCUGAAGAUCUGUGAGAGUUUUGUGCAACAGCAGGAUGCAUAUUUCCAAACGCAUCUGGGACAUCUGAUACCCAGUUGCAUUGAACUGGCCAAGCUGAAGACGGAUCUGAACAUGCAAGUGCGAAUUGGAGCGCUGCAGCUGCUUUUUGAUAUUACCAAGUAUCCGACAUACGUUUUACUGCCCCAUAAACAGGAUGUAACGCUGGCUUUGGCGUCGACUCUGGACGAUCCCAAGCGCCUUGUGAGGAAUACCGCGGUGAAGACUAGCAAUGCAUGGUUCCUUGUGGGCGCACCUGGCGGGGAGGAUUAACGAGCCGCCAAUCAAAUUGUUAUUAACGUUAAAUCAUUUGAUAAACUGACUAAAAAACGCACAAAAGUUAAA